GAAGACAAAAAAUACGGUACAGACUUUACUUUUGAUUGCGGACAUUGUAAAGACAUGAAACCAUGUUUAAAGGCAAACGGAACUUGUAUAAAUGGAUGUGAGUCUGGAUGGAGCGGCCAUGCUUGUUCAGAAGUAAACCUUGCUCGACUUUGGCAAUACAGAGGGUCGCCUUCCAUGAGCUCCGGUUACAUAAAUAAAUGGGAUUCAUAUAAAGCUAUAGAUGGUCAAGUAAAUCCAGGAAAAAAUGAAGAAAGCUGUAGCAUUACCAGUAGAUCGGAUAACACAGCAGCUUGGUGGAAAUUGCCACAUUAUGUGUAAUCUAGCAUACUUAGAAAUCCACUUCAGAAACUCAACUGUGAAGAGACAUACGGGUUUUUCGGUUUAUGUGUUCAAUGACUCCUCAUUUAUCCCCCCAUCUUAUGGCGCCGGAUUGAAAAUAUUUACCCAGAAUUCCUCCAAUUGUCCUUCUCAAGUGAUGAAUGUAAAAAUAGACGGGGAGGCGAAAGGAGUGGCAUUGGUUGUUUCUAAGGAUCCGCCACUUAAUACAACUUGUGUGGGUUAUGAACCUGACUUUGCUUCCAUUGAAAUCUGUGAGGUCCUAGUAUUGGGUUGCCAGGCUGGCCAUUUUGGCAAAUACUGUGAAUUCUGUGACAGUAAAUGCGCGGGAGGACAUUGUGAUGAGUUUAAUGGAUCUUGUACAAUUGGAUGUUGUAAUUCACUGUUGGAACCUCCAAAUUGUAAUGAGUGUGUUAAAGGAUUUUAUGGCCCAGGUUGCUCUCAGACAUGUGGGAAAUGCACUGCAGGUACCUACUGUAAUAAACAUACAGGGGAUUGUCCAGAUGGGUGUCAGGAUAAUUGGACUGGAGAAAAAUGCGAUGCUCUGUAG